AUGCCGUAUCUGAAUCAAAAUGAUAUAGAAUCCAAUAUACCAACUUCAUCAUCAUCACAACCAACUCAAACCUCUUCAAAUAUACCCAGAUCAUCAACUACAAACCAACCUCAUCAUAACAACAAUUACAAUAACAACCACAAUAAUUAUAACACAAAUGAUCAAACCAUGCAACAAUUACCUCCAGUACCUGAAGAUCCAUUCAGAAACAUUCAUAUCAGUACAUAUAGUCAUUCAGCCAAUACUUAUCCUCCUUAUGUAUUAGAUGCAAUAUAUAAAAAAUUAAUAUUUGAUGAAAAACACCAUAUAGAAAAUCCACAACAACAACAAUUUAUUGAAUUAAAUGAAAAAGACUUAGAGAAAAACAAUAACGGACGAAGUUUAGAAUUUAAAGCAAUAGAUGAUCCAUAUUAUGUUGCUACAGAUGGAGAUGUUAGAAAAUUUUUUGAAAAUAUUAAAACACCAAUUGCUGAACCACCUGGUAAAAUCAAUAUAGAUCCAAGUAUACUAAAUGAAUACGAUUUUAGUAAACCAUGGGGAGGCGAUGAAAGAUUGAAAAAAGAAUUUAAUGAUUCAAAUUUACUGAAUAAACAAAUAUUAGAAGAUAGUCAAUCUAAACUGUGGUGGAGUUAUUUCAGUAGAACAAAAGAUGAUGGAGAACAUGAUACAAAAUUUAGAAGAACAACUGCUGGUUAUUGGAUGGGUGGUCCUAGAUCACAAGCUCGACCAGCUAUUAAACAUUUCUUAUUAAAUGGACCAUUAAUACCAUUAAUGUUAAGAAUUAUAACUUUAAUGUUUUGUGCAAUUGCUCUUGGAUUAGCAUGUACUAUAUUUGUAUUUUCAAAUGAUAAAUAUUUUGGUAGAUCAGUUAAACAACAACCAAGUACAAUAAUGGCAAUUACUGUACAAAGUUGUGCAUUACUUUAUGUAAUUUAUAUUGCAUAUGAUGAAUAUGCUGGAAAACCAUUAGGUUUAAGAAAACCAAUGAGUAAAUUAAGAUUAAUUUUAUUAGAUUUAUUAUUUAUAAUAUUUUCUGCUGCUAAUUUAUCAUUAGCUUUUAAUACAUUAUAUGAUGAUGAAUGGGUUUGUGAAAUAUAUAGAAAUCCUGCUUAUCAAGAUGUUAAUAAUUAUUUCCCAGUUGUUUCAUCAAUAUGUAGAAGACAAAGAGCUUUAGCUAGUUUUUUAUUUGUUAUUUUGGUUACUUGGGUUUUAACAUUUACAAUUAGUUUAUUGAGAGUUAUAGAUAAAGUGAAUACUAAAAGAGGACCUUAA